GUGCGGACGGCGCUCACGGACCGGUGCUUCGAGACGAUGGCCGCGGCGCUCAAGCAGCGCCUCGGCGGCAACCCCGUGGGGCCCGCGGGCACGGGCAAGACCGAGUCCGUGCGCGCGCUCGGCUCGAACCUCGGCCGGCACGUCGUCGUCUUCAACUGCGACGAGGCCUUCGACCUCGGCGCGAUGGGGCGGCUGCUCAAGGGUUUGUGCCGGUCCGGCGCCUGGGGCUGCUUCGACGAGUUCAACCGCCUCGACGAGGGCAUGCUCAGCGCCGUGUCGGAGCAGCUCGAGGCGAUCCAGAACGCGCUGCUCGCGCGGAACGCGUGCGUCGACUUCGGCGGGCCCCGGGGCGACGGCGUGCCGCUCCGGCCGACGACGGGCGUCUUCGUGACCAUGAACCCGGGCUACGCGGGCCGGAGCCCGCUGCCGGAGAACCUGAAGCAGCUCUUCCGCACCGUGGCCAUGGUCCGGCCCGACUCGCGGGCCAUCGCGACGACGGCGCUCUACGCCAAGGGCUUCGAGGCCGGCGCCGCGGGCCGCCUCGCGCGGGGGCUCGUGAGCCUCCUCGAGCUCUGCGCGACGAAGCUGUCGUCCCAGUCCCACUACGAAUGGGGGCUGCGCGCC